AUGCACCAAAGUGUAUCUGAACUCGCCGACAUCUCGAGCGCAUCAUCUUCGCGAAACGUCGGCACCUCCAGGUCAAGCAAGCGCUCCAGGCUCUCAUCCGCCGACUCGACCGCCUCCGCAAAUUCCCACCAAGCUACGUUCACGACACGUCGACCAGGUCUAUCGACAAAGGAUGCUCCUCCAACACCGCCGCAUACGGUCACCAUUGAUUCUGACAUUGGCGAUCUCGAGUCCAUCCUCGAGUCGGUCCCUCUGCUGCAGUCCCGCUCCUGUCGCACCCCACAGCUCUCCGACCCUGGCCCUCCGUCUUCGCAGACCAACUCGUCCGCGCCCGCUUUUGACGAUGUCUUCGUACCCGCCGGCCACGCCCACUAUGCUCCCUUGAACGAGGUCGCAGUUUCGUCGACUCUUGUAAUUCACAAGCAUCUCGACCUCAUGUUCCCGGAUGAUGGCUCCAAAUACUUCAAUCUCGACGAUCACUGUCCUGGCGAGCCGCUUCGUCACCCCGAUCCAAGUCUCAUGUUCCGUUUACUUCACCUCUACGAGCAGAACGUUCAUCCAUUGAUCAAGGUGGUCCAUCUGCCUUCCGUCCGGGAGCGCUUCUGCGACGUCUCGGCGGAUCCCAGCUCCGCCAAUGCUCACGACAAUGCGCUUAUGUUUGCCAUCUAUACCAUCACCGUCAACACGCUCACUGGGGACGAGUCUGCUCGGCUCUUCCCCAACACUCACUGCAGGGACGUCUGGGAAAACUUUCGACGCAAUACGCAAACUGCGCUGUGUAGGGUCGAGCUCUGGCGAUCGUCUCACAUUGUCGCGAUUCAAGCCUACCUAUUGUACCUGUUGACACUCAACAAGGACGUUGAUCCGCGCGCAUUUGGGAUUUGCUCCGGCAACGUGGGCAGGAUGGUGCAGCGGCUGCUAUCGUUGCACAACAAACGUACCACGCUCGCCUCGGCACCGACCAAGGCCGUCAAUCAAGAAAUGGGCACCCGGCUGUGGUGGGAGAUCCUGGUGUGCGAUCUGCGCGCAUGUGAAAAGUCGGGCAUCGCCUUCAACCCCACGCUCGCCACUGCCACGACUGUCUUGCCGCGCAAUGCACCGGACUCGGACCUGGAGCAGCUAGCUAGAUCAGCAGUGCCUGUUCCGAGCGCAGCGCUGGAUGUUCCCAACAGCGAAUGCCUGUUUCUUCUGCUUCGCUGUGAAAUCGCACAGUUCCAACUUCAUCCGCCGUGGUCGCGGCAGCACCCUGAACACCAUCUAAGCAGCCAUCUCUUCCGCUCCACUGCCGCCUACAAACGGCUCUGGGACUCGAACGGCCGGCGUUCCGAUCCAUCCAGCCUGACCUGGCGCCUGGCAGCGGUGGAUGCCUUCGACAUGUACAUUGUCAAGCGCUACUUUGACCGCCCCGAGACGGCCACCAGCAUCUUGAUGCAAUACGCCCAACACCACGCUCACAUGUGGGUCAAGAAGAUCCGGCUGUUCGUGCAUCUCAACCAGCGAAGUGUCGAGCACGAUGCCGAGGUGAUCCGGAUCUGUACGGUUCAUGUGCAGGAGACGGCCAAGCUGAUCGGCGACGACCGAUUUGUGCGCUUCCAGUGGUAUACGUAUCAGCAGCUGCCCUUCUUUUCGUUUGUGAUCCUCUUGGAUCUGCUACGGCGGCACACGACAGGAAAGCUGGUCGAUCAGGCCUGGACGGCGAUUGCGAGCAGCUCGGUCAUCUGGCGACCGGACAUCGCCACCGUCAGGUUAAGCAAAAUUGAAAGUCUCGCUGCUGGCGUUUCGGGCGACACAAGGUCGUCAAGUAGCAAAUCGAUGCCCAAUGGCGGCACGCCGAACAUUUACGCUGACCAGGACCGCAGAAAACUGCAGGUUCGCAGCACGAUGCUGGCAGCACUCAUGGUGGCAGCGUGGGAGAAGCGUGCCCAGGCACUCGCUGCUGCAUCCGCAGCCGAGUCGGCCGACGUUAUAGAGGAACCAGCCAUCGUAAGCGCCAUGCGCAGCGCGGCAGCGAUGAUCUUCCAGCCGGCCCCUGGGGCUGAUGGCACAGAACCCGACUCACAGGGACCCUCGGGAACGGCUGCAGCGGGCGGCGGCGGCGGCGGCGGCGCUGAUCGGCGCUCAGCCCACCAUGUCGGCGCGAACAAUAGCCACCCGCUUGACGGUCAGUGGACGGGUGGUGCAACGGACCCAACUGCUUUCACUGCUUUCCUCGACCCGUCGUUGGGAACAUCAUCUGCAACGGCGUUCGACGACAUGCUGCACCUCAACUCUCUGCUGCAGUCGAGCGUGGAUCUGGACUGGAGCAGCUGGUUCAAUCCGAGUUGGGCGUCGACGCCGGGCUCGAUCGGUCAGAUGGCGUCGCCUGCCAACUUCUUGCCGCCGCUGUGA